AUGCGCAGCAAGUUCAAGGACGAGCACCCCUUCGAGAAGCGCAAGGCCGAGGCCGAGCGUAUUCGCCAGAAGUACUCUGACCGUAUCCCCGUUAUUUGCGAAAAGGUUGAGAAAAGCGACAUCGCCACCAUCGACAAGAAGAAGUACCUCGUCCCGUCGGACCUGACGGUGGGCCAGUUCGUCUAUGUUAUCCGCAAGCGCAUCAAGCUCUCGCCCGAGAAGGCUAUCUUCAUUUUCGUCGACGAGGUUCUACCCCCGACUGCCGCUCUAAUGAGCAGCAUUUAUGAAGAGCACAAGGACGAGGAUGGGUUUCUCUACAUCACCUAUUCUGGCGAGAACACGUUUGGUAGCGACUAA